GUCGCAAAUCGUCAGCGCAAGCAUCGCUACCGGUCAUCGACAGAAUAAUUCACCCGGUUGUCAAUGCUGCGCUUCAGCGCCCACGAAGCCCAACAUGUAUAUUAAACAAAUCAUUAUCCAAGGCUUCAAAAGGUUCGUCUUGGCCUACCUGGCACAUAUUCCCCCACCUCGAUUGUCAAAAAACGAUGAAUUGCUGACCAUGGAACAGCUACAAGGACCAGACUGUCAUCGAACCUUUCUCGCCGAAGACCAAUGUCAUUGUCGGUCGCAAUGGUUCCGGAAAGAGUAACUUCUUCGCUGCGAUACGAUUCGUCCUUAGCGAUGCCUACACGCAAAUGAGCCGAGAAGAACGCCAGGGUCUUUUACACGAAGGCUCUGGCUCCGCUGUGAUGUCGGCCUAUGUCGAAAUUAUUUUCGACAACAGCGAUGAUCGCUUCCCUACUGGAAACAAAGAGGUCGUUCUGAGAAGAACUAUUGGCCUGAAGAAGGAUGAAUAUUCUGUCGAUCGUAAGGUCGUCACAAAGGCCGACGUCAUGAAUCUCCUCGAGGCUGCUGGUUUCUCUCGAUCUAACCCUUACUAUAUUGUACCCCAAGGACGAGUUACUGCCUUGACAAACAUGAAGGAAUCAGACCGACUAAAUCUGCUCAAAGAAGUUGCCGGUACCCAAGUGUAUGAAGCCCGCCGCGCCGAAUCACUGAAGAUCAUGAAUGAGACAAACAACAAACGAGAGAAGAUCGACGAACUGUUGGUUUACAUCAAAGAACGUCUCGAAGAACUCGAAGAAGAAAAAGAAGAACUCCGCGGUUUUCAAGAGAAGGAUCGCGAGCGCCGAUGCUUGGAAUAUGCAUACCAUCACCGAGAACAAGUCACCAUACAGUCAGCACUGGAGGACAUCGACAACGCCAGACAAGAUGGCCUGGACAACACCGAUUCAAGCAGAACCGAAUUUCUUGACGGAGAGACAGCUAUUGCAAACCUCGAUGCUCAAAUACAUAAACUGCAACGGGACCUUGAGCUUCUGCAAAUUGAGCGUAGGCAGCUCGAUGAAGAUCGCCGCGACAACGCCAAGGCUCUCGCGAAGGUUGAAAUGAAAGUUAAAGACCUAAAGGAAGGACAAUCGGUACAAGAACAGGCUCGUGCCCAACAUGACGCAGAACUCCAGUCCGUCCAGGCCGAAUAUGCGUCGCAGGAUGCAGAGCUCAAGAAGGUUAUACCCAAAUAUACACAGAAGAAGCAACAAGAGGACUUGGUUCGUCAGCAGCUAGAUGCUGCUGAAGUUUCGCGUGGUAGACUAUUUGCCAAACAAAGCCGUGGAUCACGAUUCAAGAACAAGAAGGAGCGUGAUUCUUGGUUGAACCAAGAAAUCCAAGAGCUUAAAUCAACACUCAACACACAACAAGCAAACAAGUUGGAGGCAGAUGCCGAGGUUGCCAGAGUCGAACAGGCUAUCAGCCAAGGAGAAGGAGAGGUUGCUGAUCUACGACUUCGUCUAUCAAACUGGAAUGGUGACCGAACUCAGUUAGCUGAUGAAGUCGCUGAUGCGCGUGCUCACCUUGACCGCCUCAAUGAAGAGCGCAAGUUGAUUCGUCGUGAAGACGACAAAUUAAACUCGCUUAUUGCAAAUUCACGACAAGAGAAAGAACAAGCUGACCGAGAUCUCUCUCAUUCUGUUGACGGUGCAACUGCCCGAGGUCUGGCAACGAUUCGACGACUCAAGCAAGAUCAGGAUAUUCCUGGCGCGUAUGGCACUUUGGCUGAUCUCCUGGAGGUUAGCGAAGCAUACCGUCUCCCAGUUGAGCAAAUUGCUGGCGCGAGUUUGUUCCAUUAUGUGGUUGACAAUGCUGAAACAGCCACCUAUUUGGCCGACACGCUUCAUAAGCAGCAUGGAGGUCGAGUCACAUUCAUGCCGCUGGAACAGCUGCGACCUCGCCACGUCAACUUCCCCAAAUCAAACGAUGCUGUUCCAUUGCUUAGCAAGCUCACCUAUGACCAAAUGUACGAAAAGGCUUUCCAGCAAGUUUUCGGUAAAGUUAUUGUAUGCCCCAAUCUUGCUGUAGCCGCACAAUACGCCAGAAGUCACGGCGUUGAUGGUAUUACCGUAGAGGGUGAUACCACGAACAAGCGAGGUGCCAUGACUGGUGGUUACAUUGACCCCAGGAAAUCUCGUCUGGAAGCUGUACAGACUGCCAACAAAUGGAGACAGGAGUUCGAAAACCUUACGAGCCAGUCCCAAGGCCUCCGCGAUCAGAUUGACCAAAAAGACCAAGAGAUCACGGGUGCCAUGUCCGAGGUACAGAAGCUGGAGCAAAAGCUAAGACAGGCUGACGAUGGAUUUGAGCCCAUGAAGCAUGAGCUUAGAAGCAAAGCUGCUUACAUUGAGAAUGAGAGGACGCACUUAGACUCUGCGCUACGCCGCCGCGGUGCUGUCGAGAAGAACAUGAACGAUUUUGUGCAACAAAUCAGCGGCCACGAACAAGAAGUUGGCACCGAGUUUAAGCAAAGUCUCUCGCCAGCUGAGGCACAAGAGCUUGAGUCUCUAAGCCGCACCACACAAACUCUCCAACAACAGUGGAAUGAGCUGAGCAAUGCACGACGUGAGCUAGAACGUCGCAAGCAGUUUUUGGAAGUCGAUCUCCGACAGAACCUGCAAAUGAAACUGGACCAGUUGAACAGCCAGGUCUUUGAUAACGGAUCAGGAAACGGCAAAUCCGGCAGCCUGAACGACGCUCAGAAGGAACUGAAGAAAGCGCAAAAGGCGCUAAGCAGCAUAGAGUCCAGCCUCCAAGAGACGGAGCAGAAGAUGGAAGGCUUUGUCACCCAGAUUGACACUCUAACUACAGAGAAAGUCCACAAGGAACAGAGACAGCAAGAAGUAUCUGCACGCAUCGAGAAGCAACAGAAGCGAAUGGAGAAGGCUCUCCAACGCAAGGCUCUGCUUACUACCCAGGCUGCUGAAUGUGCAAAGAAUAUCCGUGAUCUCGGUGUUUUGCCAGAGGAAGCCUUUGACAAAUACGAGAACAUGGAUGCAAAUGUGAUCACGUCCAAGCUCAAGAAGGUCAACGAAGCACUGAAGAAGUACAAGCAUGUCAACAAAAAGGCUUUUGAACAGUACAACAACUUCACCACACAGCAAGAUCAAUUGAUGAAGCGACGAGAAGAACUCACCGCCUCUCAAGGGUCUAUUGAAGAGCUGGUUGAACAUCUCGAUCGCCGAAAGGAUGAAGCCAUUGAGCGUACCUUCAAGCAAGUAUCCAAGGAGUUUGCCACCAUCUUUGCCAAGCUUGUACCUGCCGGCCACGGCCGUCUCGUUAUUCAGCGCCGCACAGAUCGUCGACGAGAUGGUGACGAGUCCGACGAGGAGGCGCGAGGCAGCGUUGAAAACUACAUUGGUGUGGGCAUCAGCGUCUCGUUUAACUCGAAGCACUUGGAUGAGCAGCAGAGAAUCCAACAACUCAGCGGUGGCCAAAAGAGUUUGUGUGCGCUGUGCCUUAUCUUUGCGCUGCAGCAGACUGAGAGCAGUCCCAUGGUUAUUUUCGACGAAGUCGACGCCAACCUUGAUGCCCAAUACCGUACUGCCGUGGCUGCUCUGCUGGAAUCCAUCUCUAACGAAGCUGGUACGCAGUUUAUCUGCACUACUUUCAGACCUGAGAUUGUGCAUACAGCCGACAAGUGCUACGGUGUGACUUUCCACAACAAGACCAGUUCGGUUAACUGUGUCAGCAUGGAGGAUGCGCUCAACUUUGUUGAAGGCCAAGCGAAGCCUGCUUAAGUCUUCUCAAAUGUUGAGCGCUCACUGUACAUGCCUGCUGGCGGCUACCUCUCAUUUUGGUGGGAACAAAACCUGCCUAUGCUUGGAGUUUGGAGUUUUUGUAUGUCUCGCAAUGUGGAAAGUGAAAAAGAUGGUUUUGUAUUUGAUAGUCUGAACAAGGAAAUUUUAUGUACGCUCUUGCCAAGUAUAUCCGUUUCCCUCGUAGUCUAGUGUUCUCUUCUCCUAGCAUCCUAUAGACUUUGCUGCAUUCUAAGACGAAUACUUUGGGGCUUACAGUAGACGCAUGAUGCGAUUAAGCGUAGGAGGAAGAAGCCUUUUGAAACAAAAGUGCUAUGUUAUGUGUACAUGAAAAAGUAACUAAUUUUACAAGACGCUCAGGUCUACUGGUGUUCACGCUUAUCGGUCAGCCAUCAUAUUACGCACUCUGGCAAAGUAUUCCGGCGCCAAAACCUUCUCCAACUCUUCGCGAGUCAACCACUGGAAGUCUGUGUAUCCAAGAGGGCUGCCCUUGACGUCAGCCUGACCGGCCAAGAUACGGCCCUUGAGGAAGAACGUCUUCUUGUCGCCUUUGGAGUUGUGGGCUACAGGCACGCGGCCAACAAUCCAGGUGUUCAUGUUGACACCAGCAGCUUCGUCGAGGACUCGUUGAGCAGCCUGGUGAAUUUGUUAGCGGACUGCGAAGCUUGACCAAAAAGUGUAAAAGUACGUACCGUAUGCAGAUUCUCAUUCUCCUUCACGGAAUCCUCUGGAAACGCCCAGCCGUUCUUGCCCUUGACAACCAGGUAGAGUGUAUUCUCCAGCUUUCGGUCCAGGCGCUUGAUAUCGUUUUUCUUAUCGGCCUCUGUCAACCUUGACUGAGGUCCUUCGAUGGGUACUAUAUCCUUUUCUGCGAUGAUCUCGGCGUCGUCGCUAACGCGGACUUCUGCGUCCUUGAGCAAACUCUUUACGAUGAAUUCCUGGCUGCUCAUGUCGUCGCCGACCUUGAGCUCGUCGCUCCACGACUGGGACAUCUUGCCCUGGAAAGCACCGAGCUCCUUGGCGACACCUUUGCGCUCGGCAACCUUGAGAUCCCAUUCUGUUUUUCUCGGCGUGUCGGGCUUGAAGUAGAUAUCCGUUACAAAGGGGGUGUUGAGACGUUCUUCCAGGCGCUUCUGGUAGAAGAAGAAGGCGUUUUCAAAAGGAUGCAGUGUUCGGGUCAGGAGAGGUGGUCGCGUGAGGAUGAGGCCAGAUCGAAUGUCGACCGGGUUGGAGGAGGUAGAGGCUGAAGCGCUGUCACCAGCGGCAGGACUAGGCGUCGCAGCUGUCGUGGCAGCCGAGUAGAAGCGGGCAAUUGGUCGUGCAUGAGGCAAUGAUGAACAUCUUAAGCAUGAUGUGGGAGCUGCAAGAACGGCCAUCCAUCUUAGCAAAGCUGCAAUUGCGAUUGGGCAUUGACGAGGGAGACUUACCAUUGACGAUGCCUUUGAAGGCUAUUCUGCCUCUGCUAGAGGAACUCAUGGUGGCAAGGGAAUGAUUAUGCGCUGUCUUGUGAGGCAAUCUCAAAGACAGAGGUCCAACCAAUUGCUUCGACUUUUUUUUUGCAGUCCUCGACGCGAUCACAGGGGGCACGCUGUAGGGCGAUUAGGUAAUUUUUCACAGCGCCCAACGAGCAUCCCUACAGCCGUAUUGUUAGUGGUCGCCUCAGGCAUUCCAUAGUGGAUCAUCCGUCCACCACAGGCAAAAAGCUCAAGCACUGCAAACUCCGCUUCUUCUUUCUCUCUCUUCUCUUCAGGCACCAUUUUCCUUAUCGUCAAGACCUGUUUGAUCUCCUCCACAACGUCCUGAUCAUUUACGAGUGCCGAGAGAGAUGCGUUUACUCCAUAGCAGUCUUUUCGCUAGCGGCACCUGCAAUUAUUUAUCCCACCGGGUUCUGUUAGAUAGAUACUGCUGACAUUUCUUCUUGCUAUGUGACCAUGUAUGACAUAAUGUCUUUGCUGUAAAUCAACCCUGCUGCUACGUGAGCAGACAGUCCCAUGCCAUUGUACACGUACCGUAUUAGACCUGCUAUUCUUUGAUCCAGUUUAGCCGAAUGGCGAUGUUGGCGGUGAUCACAAUGAUGCUCAUCGAUCAAUGUCUAUCUAGCCAUGGCAUGAGUCCUAGUACGAACGAGGCUAAAUCAAUCAAAGUGUAUUGGUAACAUGUCUACGCUAUUGCUUAAUCAAGAUUCCUAAAUCAUUCCAUCAUGCUUGAAACUCCGAUAUAUGUUUUAAGUACCCAAAUCCGUCGUUAACGCCGCCUUAUGCCACACCUCAGUGGUAGAUGUAACCAGAUACAGGGGGUAUCUCAUUAAAUCAUAAGUUAUUUGAAUCCCGAAAAACGCCGCGCUUUGCAAACAAGUUUCUGUCAACACAAGAGAGGCCGGACAACGGCUCAGCUCAAGCUGACAGCUCAGCCACAGCUUGAGCAACAGCCUGAGUGGCUCGUUUUUCGUAUUGCCGUUUGGAAUUUUCAUUAAAUGCCCCCUUUAUCUCCUCGUAAAGUUUUCGCGAGAUAUCUCGGUUGAUGGCAGCAUAUUGUUCUGUGGUGAGCUUUUGAGCAUGCCAAUGUGGGCGUAAGGCAGUCUUGACAAUAUCGUUGAUGUUUCUCUUCUCCUCUUGUGUCAUUGUCAUUCGGGUAGGUGAGCUAUCUGCAGUGCGUGAUGGUAUUUGAUGUGGACGUCGUGGACGAGGUUGGCGUAGCUCCAAUGGAGGGCCAUCGUGAAUUGGAAGUCGUGAUUCGGAAUCACUAUGAUCGCUACUAUAUCUGUUGGGCGAAUAGUUUGCAGGUGGAUACAUGGGCUCAAUAUGUGUGCUAAGUGAGAGAGUGGGUGAUGUUGGCCGGCCUCUAGGAAGGGGUGGCGGUGUCAGUGAUAGUGCCCUAGGGCUGCUGUGAUUGGAAGGUGAAGGAGAUAUAGCGGGUGAUGAGCCGUCAGGAACACCUCGCCAUGGUAACUGGAUGGCAGAUGGUUCAUCCUCUGCUUCAGACUGUGCAUUUGGUUCCAGCUCUUUCAAUAGAGCAGAAACCAAAGCUGGACCAGUGGUCUCUCUCUCGACGCGAGGUGUAGCAGUGGCGGCCCGGACGGUGGACGGUCCUCCUAAAGCAGGCAUAACUGGCGCUGGGGAGGAUGCCGACGUAGAUGCCUCGCCAUUCACUAUGGGCAAUCGCCGUGUGCGAGGACGCUUCAAUUUCCUUUCUGGUUCUUGAACAGGCUCAAUUGGGGAUGCGGUUACAGACCGAGCUUUUCGUUUGCGGACCUGAGGGCCAGCGGGAGCAUCCGUAUCCCGAACAGACUCGAAUGCACCCCAUGCUCUUCUUUCAUCCCGGGUUUCUUGGAUAGGUGGCGGCGUCAAAGUUGGUACUGCCUGUAAUCUUUGGCUAAUUUGAGGAGGGAGAGUAUUGGCGAAGGUAUCUCUGGCACCCAGCCGUUGUGCAAUGUUCAUUCGUUGUUGCCAUCUUUGAAGUUCGCGACGAUCGAGUUGUACAAGCCGUCUGAAACUUUCGAGAUCCUCGUCCUCGUCAUCAUAAUUAUCGAGGUCGACUUCUGUCAUUUCAUAGAAACGACCGGUAAACUGAUCCCAUGGGCCCUGCCAUCUUGCUUGACGGCGGGCAGUACGGAGGCGAGCACGGGUUCGAGCGCGUAAACCACGUUGCUGGCGGGGAACUGGACGCCGGACGGCCUGAGGGCGAGAGUAUGUUUGACCAACUUCUGGAGAUUCUGGUUCUUCGGGCAACUGAAAAAGAUGGGCACAUUCCAUGCAGUACCAGUCGCCGUCGGGAAUAUUUUCGAGUCCGAUACAGUGCGUAUGGUAUGCCGCAUCGCAGCUAUCACAGAGUAGCAGGACAUCUUCGUGUUCAGCAGAGUUACAAACAGGACAAGGGACGGUUUCUUCUUCGACCUCGUCCGGAUUUUCACCUAGCCACUGCUGCACAUCGAACUCGGCUACCUGUUUCUUAUCCUGAACCGUGUAGGUUUCGAUCGCAGUCCCUGCAUAGCCAAAAAUGGGAAUUAGUAUCAAAUAUAUGCCAUAUUAAAUUCUUGAACAGGAGUUCACAUAUAAUAUUUUCUCUGAAUUUAAUAUGGGGUUGGGGUUAGACUCACCGUCGAGGCCAUUGUAGACGCGAACUGAAUGGAACGGGGUGCGGCAGAUGGGGCAUGUAUUGGUCUUUUGGGCCCAAGAUCGGAUACAUGCAUCGUGAAUAACGUGUUCGCAGCCGUCUAGAGAGGCGAUUAUGUUGAGAUGGGCCGGAUUCUCAGCAAUAGGGUCGACGAUAUCGGCAGCAGCUGAUGAAGUCGAUGCGGGUUGUUGUGAUUGACCGUCGUCAGCGGUCGAAGGAGUAGGUAAGGGAUCUAAACAUAUGAUGCACUGUUCAGGCUCAGACAUGAUGUCGAUUGGGAUGGUAAUGUGUGGAGGUUGAAGAACACAUGUAAAAAGAACCCGGGAGCAGUCAGGCAGAUGAUAAAGAAAAAUAGAAAAUAAUUCUGGCACUGUUUCGGGGUCGAGAUCGAGAGUUAUGCCACGGGCUGUCGCAGGUCGGGGUGUCGUGAUGAUGUAUUUAGUGGACUUUUUUUUGGGGGGGGGGGGGCGAGUUGCAGGCUACAGGCCAGCAGGUACAGCGAUUCAGGUUAGGCAGAAGGGAGGGAAGAAGGAGGAGGGAAGGAAGAGAGCAUGCGGGCGGCCACG